AUGCGGAAGGGUCGACCGGCCGCCAACCGCCCCAGCCCAUCGGAAGAGCCUUGGCGCGGCCAUAUGGUGUUCAACAUGGCGUUCAGCGAUCUGGUGUGGGUCGGGCUGUUUAUCACCGCCGUUGCCGCCGCCGCCUACCUAUUUCCGCGGACGACCGAGGCGUGGCCAAUCUGGUGGUACUGCUUGGGGACGGCGGCUGCGAUUGCCGUGGUCCGAUGGGUGAUCCGUCCCAUCUACCAGUGGUGGUCACGCUCGGCAGUCACCUUCUGGGGGCGCAACAUGGAUGGCAGCUACACCGAACACACAGUGACCCUGGAUGACGUAAGGCGGAUGCUGGACGAGUGCGACGCCGAGUUUGAGAAGAGGACGCGCAUUCGGCUUCUCCGGCAA